AUGGCAUCAUCAUCUUCCUUAAGAACUUCAUGGCCGUAUGAUGUGUAUCUAAGCUUUAAAGGCAAAGAUAUGCCUACAAAUUUUUUACGUUUGUACGAGGGUUUGAGAAAGAGGGGAAUUUUCAGUUUUCUAGAUGACGAUGAUGUUUAUUAUGAUUAUUAUUAUCAUGAUGAUGAUGAUGAUGAUGAUGAUGAUGCUUUAAUUCUAAGGAAUACCCGAUCGUAUUUUCAACGAAUCCCGCAAGCUAUGGAAGAGUUUCAAGUUGCCCUAGUUGUUUUCUCAAAGAAUUAUGCGACAUCAAGACGGUGCUGGGAUCAUUUAGUGAAAAUCAUGGAAUGCAACCAGAAAAAGGAACUAACAGUCAUACCGAUCUUCUAUGGUGUGGAUCAAGCAGAUGUUCAGAAGCAAAGGGGGAGGUUUGCAGAAGCAUUUGCCAAACACGAAAAGUGGUGGAAGUCUGAUGAAGAAAUGGACGAGGUGAAAAGAUGGAGGAGCACUUUAACUCAAGUGGCCAAUCUCAGCGGUUGUGUUAUCCAUGAUAGGACCAUAUCGAAAUGUAUUCCAGAUCUUAUUGAUCAAAUUUCAUCCAAAUUAUUGGAGGCUUCUUUAACUUAUUUCUCAAAUGUUGUGGGAAUAGAAACUCAUUUGAAGGAAGUAGGAUCCCUGCUAGAGAUGGAAAUUGAUGAUGUUCGGAUUGUGGGUAUAUGGGGAGUUGGGGGAGUCGGUAAAACGACAAUCGCAAAAGCUGUUUUUGAUAGACUAUCAUCUCAAUUUGAUGGUGCUUGUUUCCUUGCCGACAUUAAAGAGAACAAACAUGGAAUGCACUCUCUGCAAAAUAUCCUUCUCUCUGAACUAUUAAGGGAAAAAACUAAUUACGUGAACAGUAAGGAGGACGGAAAGCACCUGAUUGCUCACAGACUUCGUUUUAAGAAGGUUUUAGUUGUGCUUGAUGACAUAGAUCACAAAGACCAUUUGGAUUACCUAGUAGGGGAUCUUCGUUGGUUUGGCAAUGGAAGCAGAAUCAUUGCAACAACCAGAGACAAGCAAAUUAUGGGGAAGGAUAAUGUAGUGUAUGAAGUGACUACAUUAGUUGACCAUGAAGCUAUUCAACUGUUUAAUCAAUAUGCUUUCAGGGGAAAAGUACUAGGUGAGUUUUUUGUGAAGCUAGCAUUGGAGGUAGUAAUUCAUGCGAAAGGCCUUCCUUUAGUCCUAAAAGUAUUGGGUUCUUUCUUACAUAAGAAGGACAUGAUUGUGUGGAGAACUGUUGUAAACCAAAUAAAGAGAAACACUAAUUCAAAUUUUGUUGAAAACCUCAAAAUAAGUUAUGAUGGGUUGGAUCAUGAAGAGAAAGAGAUAUUUCUAGAUAUCGCAUGCUUCUUAAGAGGGAGAAAAAAAAAAGAGAUCCUGCAAAUUCUUGAGAGCUGUGGUUUUGGAGUUGAUAUCGGAUUGAAGGUCCUAAUUGACAAAUCUCUUGUGUUCAUCUCUGAAUAUGAUACAAUUCAAAUGCAUGACUUAAUACAAGAGAUGGGUAGAUAUAUAGUGAAAAUGCAAAAGGAUCCGGGCAAACGUAGCAGAAUAUGGGACGCUGGAGAUUGCGAAGAAGUGAUUAUCAACAACACAGGGACCGAGGAAGUGGAAGCAAUCUGGCUUACUUGUUUUGAACGACGAUUUUUUAAUGAAAAGGCAAUGAAAAAUAUGCAAAGGCUUAGGAUACUAUACAUAUGUGAUGAUAGGUUGACUUCCUUCUCUUCAGAUCCCUCUUUGAUUAGUUUGGGAAGUGUUCCCUGGGGCUCCAAUGGGUACCUGCCCAACAACUUGCGUUGGUUUGUUUGGAAGCACUUUCCUUGGGAGUCAUUGCCAGAAAAUUUUGAACCCAAAAGCCUUGUUCAUCUUGAUCUCCGGGGGAGUUCGCUGUGGCAUUUAUGGAUGGAAACAAAGCAUUUGCCGUCUCUACGAAAGCUAGAUCUCAGCUACUCCAAAAGCCUAAAGCAAACACCAGAUUUCACAGGGAUGCCUAAUUUGCUGUAUUUGAAUAUGGAGGAAUGUUCGAGUCUUGAAGAGGUUCACCAUUCCCUAGGUUGUUGCAGAGAACUCAUUGAGUUAAAUUUGCAGAGUUGUGGAAGCCUAAAGAGGUUUCCAUGUGUUAAUGUGAAAUCUAUUAAAUGUCUGCACCUAGAUGGUUGCUGUAGUUUAGAGAAAUUUCCAAGUAUCCGGGGGAAAAUGAAGCCGGAGAUAAAGAUUCACGUGGAACGCUCUGGGUUAAGGAAAGUACCAUCAGCUGUUAUUCAGCACCAAUCUAUUCCUACAGAGCUAGAUUUGAGUGGCAUGAAAAACCUUGCAACACUUCCACGCAGCAUUCUCGAGUUGAAAGGUUUGGUGAAGCUAAAAGUGUCCUCCUGCUCAAAGCUUGGAAGAUUGCCAGAAGAGAUAGGUGAUUUAGAAAACUUGGAGGAGCUUCAUGCCACAGGGACUCUAAUUUCACGACCUCCGUCUUCCAUUGUCCGCUUGAACAAGCUUAAAUUCUUGACUUUUGCAAAAAAUCAAUUAGAAGAUAGAGUGCGCUUUGUGUUCCCUCAGGUGAAUGAAGGGUUACUCUCAUUGGAAAAACUGGAUCUCAGUUACUGCAAUUUAAAAGACGGAGGACUUCCGGAAGACAUUGGAUCCUUAUCCUCUUUGAAGGAGUUGAAUCUCGAAGGAAAUAAUUUUGAGCUUUUGCCUCAAAGCAUAGCCCAACUUGGCUCUCUUCAAUCCUUGACCUUAUUACAUUGCAAGAGGCUUACACAGCUGCCAGAAUUUCCACAGCAAUUAGAUACAAUAACUGCUGAUUGGAGCUAUGAUUCAAUCUGUAAUUCGUUGUUUCAGAAUAUCCCAUCAUUGCAGCAUGACAUCUGUGCUUCAGAUUCCUUGUCACUAAGAGUGUUUACAAGUUUGGGGGAGGAUAUCCCAAGUUGGUUCCACCAUCAGGGAAUGGAUACAAGUGUAUCAGUCAAUUUGCCUGAGAAUUGGUAUGUAUCAGAUAACUUCUUGGGAUUUGCUGUAUGUUACUUUGGAAACUUAAGUAACACCAGAGUUGACUUGAUUCCCUUAUGUGAUGACGGGAUGUCGUGGAUGACUCAGAAACUUGCCUUAUCCAACCAUUCAGAAGAAUUUCCAGAAACUGUUAUUCAUUUUUUCUUGGUACCUUUGGCUGGCAUAUGGGAUACAUCUACGGCAAAUGGAAAAACACCAAAUGACUAUGGGCUUAUUAGGUUAUCUUUCUCUGGAGAAAUGAAGGAGUUUGGAUUUCGUUUGUUGUAUAAAGACGAACCAAAACUUGAGGGCUUGUUACAAAUAAGGGAAAAUACUGAAUCCAUGGCAUCAUCUUCUUCUUCUGCUGGAUCGUCACAUUUGCGUCAAUGGAAGUACAAUGUCUUUCUAUGUUUUAGAGGUGAAGAUACCCGCAGAACAUUUAGGAGUCACUUGUACCAAGGUUUGAGAAACAGGGGAAUAUUCACCUUUCAAGGUGAUAAAAGGCUAGAGCAUGGCGAUUCGAUCCAAGAAGAACUCUUGAAAGCUAUCGAAGAAUCUCAAGUUGCCCUCAUUGUUUUCUCAAAGAAUUAUGCUACAUCGAGGUGGUGCUUGAAUGAACUAGUGAAGAUCAUGGAAUGCAAGGAAGAAAAUGGACAGACUGUCAUACCUGUGUUCUAUGAUGUGGAUCCAUCACAUGUUCGGAACCAAAGGGAGAGCUUUGCAGAAGCCUUUGCCCAACACGAAUCGAAGUAUAAGGAUGAUGCUGAAGGAAUGCAGAAGGUGAAAGGAUGGAGGAAUGCCCUAACAGCUGCCGCAGAUCUAGAAGGAUACGAUAUCCGUGACGAGAUUGAAUCUCAGAAUAUUCAGCAGAUCGUCAAAUUGUGCAAUAGUGCUUAUUCUUCAUCCUCUUUGCAAGAUGUUGUGGGAAUAAGUGCUCAUUUAGAGAAACUAAAAUCCCGUCUUGAAAUAGAAAUCCAUGAUGUUCGGAUCGUAGGGAUCUGGGGAACAGGUGGAAUCGGUAAAACGACAAUAGCAAAAGCCAUCUUUCAUACUCUAUCUUAUCAAUUUAAAGCUGCUUGUUUUCUUGAGAAUGUUAAAGAAAAUGCCAAAAAGAAUCAACUGCAUUCUUUACAAAAUACCCUUCUCUCUGAACUGUUAGGAAAAACAGAUGAUUACGUCAAUAAUAAGUACGAUGGGAAGUGCAUGAUUCAGAACAGACUUUCUUCUAUGAAGGUGCUAAUUGUGCUUGAUGACAUUGAUGAAAGAGAUCAUUUGGAGUAUUUAGCAGGUGAUAUUGAUUGGUUUGGUAAUGGCAGCAGAGUUGUUGUAACAACUAGAAAUAGAGAUUUGAUAGAGAAGGAUGAUGCAAUAUAUGAAGUGCCUACACUACCUAAUCUUGAAGCUAUGCAACUGUUCAAUCAGUAUGCUUUCAAAAAAGAAGUUCCAGAUGAGCGUUUUAAAAACUUCUCGUUGGAGGUAGUAAAUCAUUCUAAAGGCCUUCCUUUAGCCCUCAAGGUGUGGGGUUCUUUGUUGCAUAGGAAAGGCCUAACUCAAUGGAGAAGAACUGUAGACAAAAUAAAGGAAACUUAUAGUUCAGAAAUUGUUGAAAAACUCAAAAUUAGUUAUGAUGGGUUGGAGCCCAAAGAACAAGAGAUAUUUCUAGAUAUAGCUUGUUUUUUCCGAGGAGAUGAAAAAAAGAAAGUCAUGCAAAUCCUUGAGAGCUGUGAUUUUGGAGCUGAAUAUGGAUUGGAUGUCCUAAUUGAAAAAUCUCUUGUCUUCUUAACUGAAGAUGAUACAAUUGAAAUGCAUGACUCAAUACAAGAUAUGGGUAAAUAUAUAGUGAAAAUUCAAAAGGAUGCGGGCGAAUGUAGCAGAAUAUGGGACCAUGAAGAUUUUGAAGAAGUGAUGGUCAACAAUACAGGGACCAAGGCAAUGGAAGCAAUCUGGUUUCGUUAUGAUGAGAAAAUAUGCUUUAGCAAAGAGGCCAUGGAAAAUAUGGAAACACUUAGGAUAUUAUACAUAUGGUCCCAAGAUUGCUCCCCUUGCCAUGAUGGCUCCAUUCAGUACCUGCCCAACAACUUGCGUUGGUUUGUCUGGAAUCACUUUCCUUGGGAGUCAUUGCCAGACAAUUUUGAACCCAAAAGGCUUGUUCAUCUUCAACUCCGCUUCAGUUCACUGCGCUAUUUAUGGACGGGAAUAAAGCAUUUUCUGUAUCUACGGACGCUAGAUCUCAGCCGCUCUAGAGACCUGAUGCAAACACCAGAUUUCACGGAGAUGUCAAAUUUGGAGUAUUUGGAUUUGGGCAAUUGUAUUAAUCUUGAAGAGGUUCACCAUUCCCUGGGAUGUCCCACAAAACUCAAGAGGUUAAAUUUGAUAUAUUGUAGACGCCUUAAGAGGUUUCCAUGUGUUAACGUGGAAUCUCUUGAAUAUCUGGAUCUAAAGUUCUGCUCCCGUUUAGAGAAAUUUCCAGAAAUCUGCGGAAGAACGAGGCCGAAUUUAAAGAUUACGAUGUGUGACUCUGAGAUAAGGGAACUGCCAUCAUACAUUGUUCAGUGCCUAACUCUGAGACAUUUGGAUAAUCUUGUAGCUCUUCCGAGCAGCAUUGGCAUGUUGAAAGGUUUGGUUAUUCUUGAUGUGUCAAAUUGCUAUAAACUUGAAAGCUUGCCAGAAGAGCUAGGCGAUUUAGUAAACUUGGAGAAGGUUGACGCAUCAGGGACUCUAAUUUCACGACCUCCGUCUUCCAUCGUCCGCUUGAACAAGCUUACAUUCAUGAGUUUUGCGAAACAAAGAUAUAACGUAAGCCUCGAAGAGGGAAUGUACUUUGCGUUCCCUCAAGUGAAUGAAGGGUUACGCUCAUUGGAAGAUCUGGAUCUCAGUUACUGCAAUUUAAAAGUUGGAGGACUUCCUGAAGACAUUGGAUCCUUAUCCUCUUUAAAAGAGUUGAAUUUCACUGGAAAUAAUUUUGAGCAUCUUCCUGGAAGCGUAGCCCAACUUGGUGCUCUUCGAUCCUUGGACUUAAAAGAGUGCAAGAGGCUUGAAGAGUUGCCAGACUUCAUGGGGAUGCCAAACUUGAUGACGCUGAAUCUCAGUAUAAUUAACAUUGGGCAUUUGCCUCAAAGCAUAAACCAACUUGGUGCUCUUCGAUCCUUGGACCUAUCAUAUUGCAAGAGGCUUAAAGAGUUGCCAAGCUUCAUGGGAAUGCAAAACUUGGAGACUUUGAAUUUGUCAAAUUGUAUAAAUCUUGAAGAGGUUCAUCAUUCCCUGGGAUUUCUCAAAAAGCUCUGUACAUUAAAAUUGACUAAUUGUAAACGGCUUAAGAGGUUUCCAGUUCUGUGCAUCGAUUCCCUUGAAUAUCUGAAUCUAGAGAGGUGCUCUAGUUUAGAAAUUUUUCCAGAGAUCCUCGGAAGCAUGAAUUUGAAGUUAAAGAGUGGGUUAAGGUGCCUAGAUUUGAGAGGUUUAGAAAACCUUGUAACACUUCCAAGCAGUAUUUGUAAGUUGAAAAAUUUGGUGGAGCUAAAUGUGUCGGCAUGCUCAAAACUUGAAAGCUUACCAAAAGAGAUGGGGGAUUUAGAGAACUUGGAGUGGCUUGAUGCCAAAAAUACUCUAAUUUCACAACCUCCGCCUUCCAUUGUCUGUUUGAACAAGCUUCAUUUCUUGCAGUUAGCUAAACAAAAAUCAGAAGUAGGCCUUGAAGAUAGAGUGUACUUUGUUUUCCCUCUGGUGUCUGAUGGAUUACGCUUGUUGGAGAUUCUGAAUCUCAGUUAUUGCAAUCUAAUAGAUGGAGGUCUUCCGGAAGACAUUGGAUUCUUAUCCUCUCUGAAUGAGUUAUAUCUCACUGGAAAUAAUUUUGAGCAUUUGCCUCCAAGCAUAGCCCAACUUGGUGCACUUCGUUCUUUGGACCUAUCAGAUUGCAAGAGGCUUAAAAAGUUGCCAGGUUUCGGGGGGAUGCAAAACUUGGAGACUUUGAAUCUGUCAAAUUGUAUGAAUCUUGAAGAGGUUCAUCAUUCCCUGGGAUGUCUCAAGAAACUCUGUACAUUAAAGUUGACUAAUUGUAAAUGGCUCAAGAGGUUUCCAGUUCUGUGCAUCGAUUCCCUUGAAUAUCUGAAUCUAGAGAGGUGCUCUAGUUUAGAAAAUUUUCCAGAAAUCCUCGGAAGCAUGAAAGUGAAGUCAGAUAUUCACAUGUUAGACAAUGUGAUGAGGGAUCUAAAUUCCAUGUAUCUUUCACUUCCACGUUCCUUGUCUCAGGGUAUCGUUUCCUUGCCGAAUGCCAUCUCUGCUUCAGAUUCCUUGUCACAAAGAGUGUUUACCAUUGUGCAUGGUGGGAAUAAGAUCCCAAGUUGGUUCCACCAUCAGGGAAUGGAUGAAAGUGUGUCGAUCGAUUUGCCUGAAAAUUGGUAUGUAAGUGAUAAUUUCUUGGGAUUUGCUGUAUGUUACUCUGGCAACCUAAUUGAUAUCUCAGUUGACUUGAUUCCCUUGUGUGAUGAUGGGAUGACCCAGAAGCUAGAAUUAUCCACCAUUCCAAAUUAUGAUUCAGAAUCAUCCGACGGUUUAGAAUGUGGUACUGAACCUACUAUUCAUUUUUUCUUGGUACCUCUUGCUGGCUUAUGGGAAACAUCUAAGGCAAAUGGAAAAACACCAAAUGACUAUGGGCUUAUUACAUUAUCGUUCUCCGGAGAUAUGAAGGAGUUUGGAUUUCGUUUGUUGUAUAAAGAUGAACCAACAGAACAUUACAUUGGGAAAAAGAGGACCAGAUAUGACGAUAGUGAACGCCAUGAUGAUGCAAGCUGCUCCACUUCUAAGAAACAAAGCAACAACCAGUCUCUUCAGAAACUUUGCAGCUCUUUCCCCGAAGCGCAGAAUUUUGGCUUAAAUUUAGGAGCUCAUCAAUGGGUGAUGGACAUAUCAACACUGCUGAGGAGUUUAUGCAGCAGUUGCUACAGUGAACUAAGCAGGAGCAAGAGACUGAAGAUGUUGACGAAAUGUCGUUUGUUGUAUAAAGAUGAAGCUGAGCUUUUGGCCGUGCUACAAAUAUGGGAAAAUAAUGAUGAGCCAGCAGAGCACUCCAUUGGGACAAGGACAAGCAGAUAUGACAAUUGUGAACAGCAUGACUCCGUCACCAAUGUACUACAAAGUCUUCUUCCAAAACCUCAUUGGUCAACUAGCAUGGUGACCAACACUUAUGGAACUAGCCUUUGGAGAACCAUAAGGAACCUAUGGCCAAAACUUAGAGGGAAUUGCAAAAUCAAAAUUGGAAAUGGUGUGAAGGUCUCAUUUUGGGAAGAUAGCUGGUUGGAACAAGGUCCCUUAAAAACACUCUUCCCUGAUGUGUUCAUCCUCAACCAACAACAGAGGGCUACUGUGGCAGAGGUUUGGUCAAACCAAGGAUGGAAUCUGAGCUUUAGAAGACCCUUCAAUGAUUGGGAGAUCCAGAGAGUAGUAGAAUUCUACAGAACUCUGGAACAAUUCAGAGGAGGAAACACUGUCCAAGACUGCCUGGAAUGGAAGGAUCACAAGCAAGGAAGAUUCAGUGUCAAGGGGGCUUACAAAAAGUUCAACCCUUUCAAUACCCAGAUUAAUGGGUGGCCCUGGAAAAUGAUUUGGAAAGCCAAAAUUCCCUACAAAGUGUCUUGUUUUACUUGGCUACUUGCUAAACAGGCUGUUUUGACUCAGGAAAAUCUCAUGAAGAGGGGUAUCCAAUUGAGCCCUAGAUGUUUCCUAUGUGGGGAAAAGGCUGAGACGGUGACUCACCUGUUUCUUCACUGUAGGAUAACCAACCAACUGUGGGACCUCUUCAUCAAUAAGAAAGAACUGAAAUGGGUGAUGCCAAGGAGAGUACACAUGGCAUGGAAGGAGACAAAACAAGGGAGGUUACAAGAGAAGGCUCGGAAAACAGGUCAUCCGGGUGCACAGCUUCAAGGAAAAAGAGCCUUCGAGAAGACAUCCUCGGGGAAUGAACUGAAGAUAGCACAGAUGAAUCUGAAGGGCAAUGAUGUGGACAAUGAAACAAAGGGAGACAAGGUUAUGUUGUCUCUCAAAAAUAUAAUGAAUGGUUCAUAUUUAUUCUCAAAACCCAAUCAUUUGUCAACAACAACAUCUUAUCUCUCUUUUGAUCUCCAUUGCCAGACAAGAAUUCCUCCCCAUUACCUUCCAAAUCUGCCAAGAAUUAUGGCAUCAUUUUCUAAGUCUUCUGAGAGUAAUUCACGGUAUUCAUGUCCUCAACGGAAGUACAAGUACGAUGUGUUUCUAAGUUUUAGAGGCAAAGAUACUCGCAGAAAUUUUACGAGUCACUUGUACGAACGUUUGGAUAACAGGGGAAUAUUCACCUUUCUAGAUGAUAAAAGGCUAGAGAAUGGUGAUUCCCUCUCGAAAGAACUAGUGAAAGCUAUAAAAGAGUCUCAAGUAGUUGUGAUCAUUUUCUCAAAGAAUUAUGCUACGUCGAGGUGGUGCUUGAAUGAAGUAGUGAAGAUUAUGGAAUGCAAGGAAGAAAAUGGACAAUUAGUCAUACCGGUCUUCUAUGAUGUGGAUCCAUCAGAUGUUCGGAAGCAAACAAAGAGCUUUGCAGAAGCCUUUGCCAAACACGAAUUGAGGUAUAAGGAUGAUGUUGAAGGAAUGCAGAAGGUGCAACGAUGGAGGACUGCUCUAAGUGAAGCUGCAGAUCUAAAAGGAUAUGAUAUCCGUGAAAGGAUUGAAUCAGAAUGUAUUGGGGAACUUGUUAAUGAAAUUUCGCCCAAAUUAUGCGAGACUUCUUUAUCUUAUUUGACAGAUGUUGUGGGAAUAGAUGCUCAUUUAAAGAAAGUCAACUCCCUUCUAGAGAUGAAAAUCGAUGAUGUUCGGAUUGUGUGGAUCUGGGGAAUGGGGGGAGUUGGUAAAACGACAAUAGCAAGAGCUAUUUUUGAUAUACUCUCAUCUAAAUUUGAUGGUGCUUGUUUCCUUCCGGACAACAAAGAAAACAAGUAUGAAAUACAUUCUCUGCAAAGUAUCCUUCUCUCUAAACUGGUAGGGGAAAAAGAAAAUGGUGUGCAUGAUAAGGAGGACGGGAGGCACCUGAUGGCUCGUAGACUUCGUUUGAAGAAAGUUCUAGUUGUGCUUGAUAACAUAGAUCAUGAAGACCAAUUGGAUUACCUAGCAGGGGAUCUUGGUUGGUUUGGCAAUGGCAGCAGAAUUAUUGCAACAACGAGAGACAAGCAUUUCAUACGGAAAAAUGAUGCUGUAUAUCCCGUGACUACACUACUUGAACAUGAUGCUGUUCAGUUGUUCAACCAAUAUGCUUUCAAAAAUGAAGUUCCAGAUAAGUGUUUCGAGGAGAUAACGUUGGAGGUAGUAAGUCAUGCUGAAGGCCUUCCUUUAGCCCUGAAAGUGUGGGGUUCUUCCUUACAUAAGAAGGAUAUACAUGUGUGGAGAAGUGCUGUUGAUCGAAUAAAGAGGAACUCUAGUUCAAAAGUUGUUGAAAACCUCAAAGUAAGUUAUGAUGGGUUGGAGCGUGAAGAUCAAGAGAUAUUUCUAGAUAUUGCAUGCUUCUUAAGAGGGAGAAAACAAACCGAAAUCAAGCAAAUUCUUGAGAGCUGUGAUUUUGGAGCUGAUGACGGAUUGAGGGUGCUAAUUGACAAGUCUCUUGUGUUCAUCUCUGAAGAUGAUAUGAUUCAAAUGCAUGACUUAAUACAAGAGAUGGGAAAAUACAUAGUGACAAUGCAAAAGGAAAGGGGAGAACUCAGCAGACUAUGGCUCACUCAAGAUUUCGAAAAAUUCUCAAAUGCAAAAAUACAAGGGACCAAGGCAAUCGAAGCAAUCUGGAUACCAGAAAUUCAAGACCUAAGCUUUAGAAAAAAGGCCAUGAAAGAUGUGGAAAAGCUUAGGAUAUUAUACAUCAAAGGUUUUCAUACACAUGAUGGCCCCAACGAUCAGUACCUUCCCAGCAAUUUGCGUUGGUUCGACUGUUGUAAGUAUCCUUGGGAUUCAUUGCCAGCCAAAUUUGAUCCUGACAUGCUUGUUCAUCUUGAUCUCCAGCAGAGUUCACUGUUUCAUUUAUGGACUGGAACAAAGAAAUUUCCUUUUCUACGGAGGCUAGAUCUCAGCCGCUGUGCAAACCUGAUGCAAACACCAGAUUUCACGGAUAUGCCAAAUUUGGAGUAUUUGGGUCUAGAAGAGUGUAGUAAACUUAGAGAGGUUCAUCAUUCCCUGAGAUGUUCCAAAAAACUCUUUAAGUUAAAUUUGAGAGACUGUAAAAGCCUUGAGAGUUUUAGCUAUGUUUGCUGGGAAUCUCUUGAAUGUCUACAUCUACAAGGUUGCUCUAAUUUAGAGAAAUUUCCGAGGAUCCGGGGAAAAUUGAUGCCGGAGAUAAAGAUUCAAGUGCAACGUUCUGGGAUAAGGAAACUACCAUCAGCUAUUAUUCAGCACCAGUCUAGUCUUACAGAGCUAGAUUUGAGUGGCAUGAAAAACCUUGCAACACUUUCAUGCAGCAUUGGCGAGUUGAAAAGUUUGGUGAUGCUAAAAGUGUCCUACUGCUCAAAACUCAAAAGCUUGCCAGAAGAGAUAGGUGAUUUAGAAAACUUGGAGAAACUUGAGGCCAGCUAUACUCCAAUCACACAACCUCCGUCUUCCAUCGUCCGCUUGAACAGGCUUAAAUCAUUGACUUUUGAAAAACAAAAAUCAGAAGUAGGCCUCGAAGAUGAAGUGCACUUUGUCUUCCCUCCGGUGAAUCAGGGAUUAUGCUCAUUGGAAACUUUGAAUCUCAGUUACUGCAAUCUAAAAAAUGGAGGACUUCCGGAAGACAUUGGAAGCUUAUCCUCUUUGGAAGUGUUGAAUCUCAGGGGAAAUAAUUUUGAGCAUUUGCCUCAAAGCAUAGCCCGACUUUGUGCUCUUCAAUCCUUGGACUUAUUAGAUUGCAAGAAGCUUACGCAACUGCCAGAAUUUCCACGACAAUUAGACACAAUAUACGCCGAUUGGAGCAAUGAUUCGAUCUGUAAUUCGUUGUUUCAGAAUAUCUCGUCAUUCCAGCAUGACAUCUGUGCUUCAGAUUCCUUGUCACUAAGAGUGUUUACCAAUGAGUGGAAAAAUAUCCCAAGAUGGUUCCACCAUAAGGGAAAAGAUAAAAGUGUAUCAGUCGCAUUGCCUGAAAAUUGGUAUGCAUGUGAUAACUUCUUGGGAUUUGCUGUAUGUUACUCUGGCUGCUUAAUAGACACCACAGCUCAAUUGUUAUGUGAUAAAAGGAUGCCGUGUAUCACGCAGUAUCUUGCCUUAUCCAACCAUUCAGAAGGAUUUCCAGAAUCUGCUAUUCAUUUUUUCUUGGUACCUCUUGCUGGCUUAUGGGAUAUAUCCAAGGCAAAUGGAAAAACACCAAAUGAUUAUAGGCACAUUGCGUUAUCUUUUUCGGAAGAGUUGAAGGAGUUUGGACUUCGUUUGCUGUAUAAAGAUGAAUCUAAGCUUAAGGCCUUGUUUCAAAUGAGGGAAAAUAAUGAUGAACCAACAGAACACUGCGUCGUGAAAAGGAGGGGUCAAUAUGAUGAAGCCAGAUGCUCUUCUUCUAAGAAACAAAGGUCACAGCUCUAAUAUUUGUCUUUGAGAAUCUGCAGCAACAACCAGUCUCUUCACAAUCUUUGCUGCUCUAGUCUCUCUGCUUCUGCUGAGCCAUGGUGAGUUA